AUGCCCAACACAGGCAGACCGAGUCGGGAUUGUCACUUGUGCCGCCAGCGGCGAGUCAAGUGCGACCUCGCCCGUCCGGCUUGCCAGCGAUGCACCAAGUACGGCGCCCAGUGCCCGGGCUAUCGGGACCAGCAGGAGCUCGUCUUCCGCAACGCCGAUCCCACCGUCGUCAGGAAGCGCAAGAAGCGCCAGCCCUUGUCUCAGACACAAUCCCCCGGCGCCAGCGAGACGCCAUCUUCGUCCUCUUCUUCUUCAUCCUCUUCAUCUUCUACCUCUUCAACUUCAACGGCCGACUCCGAUCCCCUGCCGCACUGGACGGUCCACUCGGUGCCCAUUGUCCUCAAUGUCUACUCCAACCUGGACUUUGUCAAGAACAUGUACCGCGAGUUUGCGGGCGACGGGCCGCUCGUCUGGGCCGCCCAUCUCUUUGCACGCACAUACGUGACGAACCUGCAGUAUCCGACGUCGCUGUAUAGGGACGCUCACUUGGAGACGCAGCGCGAGCUGAGCACGUACUUGGGCAAGACGCUGAGCUUGGUGAGCGAGGCGCUCAAGACGCCCGAGGGCCCUCUGCGAGAUGAUAUCCUCGCCACCGUGUGGAUUCUUACCAACUACGAGUUGCUCGUUGGAUCCCUGUCUCGCACCGAGACCCUCAGCCCAUGGCAUUUACAUGCCCGAGGUCUGUACAGCAUCCUCAAAGCAAGGGGCACCGCAUGGCUAUAUACAAGCCAUGGCCGCAUGGCUUUUUGGCCAGCCUUUAGCAUGGUGCAAAUCCAGGCGCUGGUCAGUAAUACAGAGUGUCCCCCGGAAUCCGAGGAAUGGCUCAGCGCGGUAAAGGCCUCGCUGCCAGGGAACCCAGGUGAGGGCCUGGGGAUUGCCAUUUCAUCAUUCAUCAUCAAGGUGUGCAGCGUGCAAGCUCGUAUCUUCAGUCUUUUGCGACGGCGCGAUUUCCCUGCCGCUUCCAGAGAGUAUUGCGAUCUGUUUGGUCAGAUCAAGGCCGGCGAAAGGGAAUUUGAGGACUGGCUAGCACUGAAUCCCAUCGGGGAUCACGUCCUGCAGAUAUACGCACUGAGCCUGUACCAGUCCGCCAUCGUCAAGGGGUACCGCGGCAUACAGCUCCUCAUCAAUUUCCUCACCCACUACCCGCCGUGCCAGGUGCCCCUCGAGCAGCUCAGGGAGGAUCGCGAGUACACCUGCCGGACGGCGCAGGACGCGGCGCAGCGCAUCUUGGACGGCGUGCCUCGCGUGCUCGGGCCGCUGUCCAGUCGCAAGGACAAGUCGCCCAAGGACGUGUUCGAUGCGCUGAGGGUCAUCUGGCCGCUGAUUGCCGUGUACGUGAUGGGCAUCUGCCGGCCGGAGCAGCGGCUCGCCGCGGAGGGCCUCCUGUUUUACAUUGGAAGGGAGUUGGGCGUGCGACAGGCGCUGCAUACGUAUCCGGAGCAAUUGAAGCUGCCGGAGGAGGCGACGGAGCCGCUGGGAGUGUGA